UGAACGAAGAUGCACACGCCGCACGGCGAGUCACGUGUCAGUAUCCACCUUACCCCUGUAGCAUAGCUUCAAUGUGAUUGGUCUCGGCUCACGAUGCGCCGUCAUGGUGGCGCCGUGCAUCUCGGCUUGCAUAAAUGAUGCGCAUAAAGAGAAAGAAAAAGAUAGAAAAUAAAUGAGAUACUCAUCUUGUGAGUGCAUAAAAAGAAGGAGAGGGAAAUAAGUGUAUUAAAGUUGUCUACAUUGCAUUUCCUUUGUCGAUUUUGUCAUUAUUAAAGAAUAAAAAGAAAGGAGAAAAUUAAAUUGGGAAUGUCACGAUUGGCCAAUCGGCGAUCGAUUUUUGAGUUAGUGCAAGCGCGCGAAAGGUUGUGGGAGGACGAAGAGAAGAAGGUUGCAAGACCGUAACUAAAGAGUCGUCGACUCCGAGUGCAUCGUUCGAGAAGGGCGGUGAGAGGAAACACCCCUCGUGUUAUACCCGUUCGUACGUUCGUAAGUUCGUUCGUCCGGUCGUUCGUUUAUAUACGUUCCUUUACUCGCUCGGUUGCUUCUUCUCUUUAUCGAUCAAAUGAGGAAACGGUAUAUCCUCAUAUAGCACUCCUGUGAGCCUCCUUUCGUCGUCGUAAGUCGGCGCGGCAUUCGACCAGAAUUCGUCGUCGUGAAGAUCGGUUAAAGCCGACAUCAGCAACACUGCAGCAGCAGCAAUAGCAGUAACAGCGGUAGCGGUUAUAGUAGAUUAGACACUAAAAAAAAAAGAACAUAGAAAAAAGAUAGAGAUAAAUAGACGUGAGUUAAUCGUCGUCGUGGAGGCAAGAUGAUCCUCCGUCGAAAAUCUGUCCACAGCUGCAAUUGUCCCUGCCAUCAACAUUGUUCGACGAGAUGCGCAGAAGAUGUCGAGAGUAUGACCGGUGAAAUAGAAAACGGGGAUCUUGCAGUUCGAGAUGUUGCAGAUCUUCUUCAACCACAAUAUGCUAUAAUUGCUGGAGGUAAGACAAGAGAAGGAUGUCCAAUAAUUACUUUUCCUGAUAAUGGUAGCUUCCAUAAUUUGACUGAUUUGGAUUAUCAGCGUCUCAUGCUAUAUCUCACUUCAGUGCCAACUUUACAAGAAGCUGAUCUUGGAUUUCACUUAAUUAUUGAUAGAAGAAAUGAUAAGUGGAAUUCAGUCAAAACAGUCUUGUUGAAAAUUUCUGGAUUUUUCCCUGGAUUGGUACACGUAGCGUAUGUUUUGCGACCAGCUGGUUUUUUACAAAAAGCUAUAUCAGAAGUGUCAAAUAAAUUGUUCAGAGAAGAUUUCAAAUUUCGAGUUAUAUUUUUAGCAAAUGUUACCGAACUCUAUGAGUUUGUAGACAAAGAUCAACUUACUGAACAAUUAGGUGGGAAUCUACCAUAUUGUCAUCAUACUUGGAUACAAAAUAGAAUUAGUUUAGAAAAAUUUUCAUCUAUGACACAAGAUGUAUCACUUGCAUUGGAUUCUUUUACUCAACGUUUAGCUGAAAUAGAAUUUCCAAAUAAUACGAUUGCUACUACAACUUUAUUAUCACAACAGCAAGCGGAAUAUAAUGAAUUGAAAGAAGAAAUACUUAGUGCUGCUAGACAUGGUGAGGCUCUUUUAGAUAGCGUACGACAAUUGACUGGCAAAAGUACACCAGAUAGAUUAGGAAAUGUUGCAGCAGUAGAAAGAUUACUUGUGCAACUAGAAGAAACCGAACGUACUUUUGACCUAUUUUGGUCGCAUCACAGUUCACGUUUGAGACACUGUCUAGCCUUGAGACAGUUCGAACAAGACUUCAGAGAGCUGCAAGCAACGUUAGAUCAACAUUUAAAAACUGUAGAAGAAAUGACCGAAGUUGGAGAGACUCAAGCAAGAGUUGAACAAUUACUCUGUGAUACAUCAGCAUUUCAAAGAAUAUGCAGGGGAGACAUAGAUCGUGCUGAGGAAGUGAUAUCUGCAGGUCAACAAUUGUUAUCUGGAAGACAUCAGUGUCCUGCGGAUGUCGUCGAACCAAAAUGCGUGGAACUUCAGAGGAUUUGUACUAUCCUUAGUCAACGAUUAGAAAGGCGAUUACAUAUGUUAACAAAAUGUAGAGAACUCAUGGAGCGUAUAGAUAAGGCUAAUACUUGGUGCACACGUGGUAUAGAAUUACUUGCAUCACAAAACAGCACUACGUCUCCAGACCAAGCACUUCAAGAACUGCAACAAUUAAUAGAAGCUGCAGAAGAAUUUCAUCAUCCUAGAUGUAUUUUUCAAGAUUCAAUCAUGCCAGAAACCAAGGCACUUAUUACUCAGGUUUUACAAAGAAUAGAAGAUGUAUCUAUGAUGUGCGAUAAAAGAAUAAUGGCACUGAAGCAACAAUUAAUUAAACCAGCAAAACCAGUUCAACCUGUAACACCAGAACCAGUAAAGCCAUUACAACCACUGCCUCAAAUUGUAAAACCUGGUAGAAUCUUGAAGAAAGCUAAUACAAUGCCAAAGAUGGAAAUGAGUCCUAUAGAAGGAGAAUCUUCAUCACCAGAAAGUGAACCACGAGAUAUAGAAGCUUUACGUUUAAAAUGCGGCCAUGUUUUAGCAGAACUUGUUGAUACCGAACGGAUUUAUGUUGCUGAAUUAGGCUCCAUUAUUAAGGGUUAUAAAUUAGAGUUAACAAAUGAAUCGAUGGCUCAUUUAAUACCAGCAGCACUCGUUGGCAAAGCUGAAGUGUUGUUUGGAAACUUAGAGGAAAUUUACAUGUUUCAUGGAGAGACAUUUCUAAGGGAUUUGGAAAACUGUAUUUCAAAUACUGAACUUGUUGCUCUUUGUUUUGUUCAAAGGAGAGAGAUAUUCUUCAGGCUGUAUAGUUAUUAUUGUCAAAAUAUUCCAAGAUCAGAAAGAUUACGAGAACAAAUACAAAACGAACCACAAUUUUUAGCAGCAUGUCAACAAAGACUCGGCCAUAAACUUCCGCUUGCAGCUUACCUUCUAAAACCUGUUCAAAGAAUUACUAAGUAUCAACUAUUAUUAAAAGAUUUAUUAAAGUAUAGCAAUGAGCCAUCGUGUUGCACAGAAUUGCAAGAAGCCAUAGAUUGUAUGCUGGUCGUAUUGAAGUGUGUUAACGAUAGCAUGCAUCAAACUGCUAUCACUGGUUUUGGUGGUGAUUUAAGUGCACAGGGUGAACUUUUAUUGCAAGGUUCAUUUAGUGUUUGGAGCAGCAGUAAACGUGAACUCAAUCUUUUAAGAUUAAAACCAUCACAACGACAUAUUUUCCUAUAUGAAAAAGCGCUUAUAUUCUGUAAGCACAGUAAGCCUCAAGCACACAAUAAAGCUACGUAUCAUUUCAAAAGAUAUUUAAAGAUGUCUCAGAUUGGUUUAACAGAAUCAGUAAAAGGUGAUGCAAGACGAUUUGAAAUUUGGCUUCAAGGUAGAGCCGAAGUUCAUACAAUACAAGCACCAAGUAUAGACGUCAAACAAUCUUGGGUAAAACAAAUCAAAGGUGUUUUAAUGUCUCAAUUAGCUGAACUUAAAGGGAAACAAAACUCGGCGUUUGGCAAAUCUAAUCACAAGCCAUUACGUCAAACGAUAUCGUGGGAAGCUCAAAGUAGUAUUUCUGGAUCUUUACGCACACUUUCAGUGGAUGGCAAUAGCGUUAUAUCACACAUAACUGAUGUGUCUCAAUCAACGGAAGACGAUGUUGCUUGGAGUUCAGAAAAUAGUAAUACUGACGAUGAAGAUGCUUUCGGUGAUAGUCCUGGUUCGGCACCUGGUGGAAGAUAUGUAGCAUUAGCAGAUUAUUGUGCUGUUGGACAAUCUGAAGUCACUAUGCAUGAAGGUGACAAUUUAGAACUACUGAAAGUUGGUUGCGCAGGUUGGUGGUUUGUUAAACUCAUAGGAACAGGUCUUGAAGGAUGGGCACCAGCCGCUUAUCUGGAACCAAUGAAUCGUAAAACAUCACGCAGUUCACAAUCGGUUAAUAGUCAAGAGACUAUAUGAAAUAGGCGAUUAACACAUUAGAUUAACUAAUGUGUUAAAUAAUCAUUACACUGUUGAGGAAUAUCAAUUGUUGAGAAUUACUGUUAAACACGGUAUUUUGAAACUUUUUUCAAGAUGAAUAUACAAAGAAGAUUAAAUGAAACUUUCUUCUAUAUAGAUUUCAGCUAAUGGUUUGUAUAUGGACUUACACUUUUCUGGUAAGGUAUUGAUGGAUAAGAUGCAUUUGGAUAAUAUUUACUUCACUUUUUAAACAUGACCGAUAUUUGGCAUGAAAUUGAAAUAUUGAAAUGUGAACAAGAUGAUUUGUUGGAUUUUAAUUACCGAUGAAAGAUGAGGCAAAUAAUUUAUUAUACCCAAUUAAUGUAAGAAUGUAAAAAAGUGAGAGAGAGCAAGAGAAAGAGAGAAAAAUGAAUUUGAUAAUUACAUUGCGUUAAAAUCUUUGCAAUGUUUCUUGAUGAUAAAUAGCGCUUAUAUUAAAUACAAAAAUGUACCUACUACAAGAUAUAUAUAUAUACAUAUAUCUUUGUAAAAGGUAGAGAAAGAUAUUUAUUAUUAAUAUAGUAUUGUACAAAAAUAAUUGCUCGGUGAUGAAUUUCCCAAAAUAUGUGCACGUACAUAUGUAUAUUUACAAUAAAA